AUGGGUCUGUCCUGUAUGCCUGUCCUGCCACCACGUCGGGGUUCCUUCUACGUAGAGGGUGGAACAGGCGUGUCAAUCGGGAGUGUUUUGGCCUUUUGGUGCAGAGAUGGAUACCAGCUGGUUGGCAGCGACAAAAUCUACUGCCAUGUCAGGAAUGGUAAAGCGCAGUGGAGCAACUACCUGCCUGUCUGUGAAGCAAUCCCCAGGCCGGAGGACCGUGGACUGAGAGUGGCUGUGCUGGCCUCAGUUGUUAGUGGCAUUGUCAUCCUCGCCAUGUCCCUGUCCUUUCUCAUCUGCUGUCUGCAGGAGCGAUCCAGCCGGGACCGUUCCAAGAAAGAUGGACGGAGCAGACGCAGAGACAAGCGCUCCGCCCGUCGCAGCGAGUGCUGGCUGGAGAGAGAGGAGGGCGAAUGGGAAGCCUUCCCUCCACCUAAGAUCUUCCACCUGUCCCAGAGGAUGAACCCCCGUCUUGCUCCAGACAGCCCCCUCUACCUGACAGGAGGCCUCAGUGGAUACGAGAACAGAGGAUACCAAAGGAGUCAGGAGAGUCUGCUGAAGGCCUCCAUGCCCGGGCUCUACCGCUCCGAGUCUCAGCUUUACCCGCAUGUUGUGCUGCAGAGGGUACCAACGCCGACUGCACCGUCUGCUCCCUCCGCUCCCUCUGCUCCCUCUGCUCCCUCUGCUCCUCUCUACCUUCACCUUCCUGACUCCUCUUCUGCCGCUUCCUCACCCGCCCACACCAUCACCCACAGCCAGCUACACGGCAUGCCACAGUACCCCACCCCAACGUAUCCUCCAAAACCCAAUGUAGUGCCAAACUACCGCCACCCAACACCGGCGCCCAUCUAUCCCAACCCCAAUCCAACACCACAGAGGCCAUGGCAGUAAGCUACGUACUCCUGUUUCCAUCUUUUCGGGGCGCUGUGGUGCUCCUACUGAAAAACAGGCACGUUCUGAGACACAUGAAGUCUUUUUACUCUUUCUUAUCCCAGUUUUCUCGAACAGAAGUCUGCCAGUGCCAAUAAUCUAAAGCAGACAUGUAGAAAUGGACAUGCAGCCAGCAUAGAAGCUCCCCCUUGUUGUGCAUGCUUGAUGGACUUCUCAAUUUGGACUGAGCGGAAACUGAACGACUGUUUUUCCCCUUGAUUCUCACUCAGAUGAGCUACGUUACCAGCAGGGGGAGACUGGUGGAGAACACCCUGCUUUCGUUUAACAACCACCAGAUCGUCAUUACUGAAACCCUAUGUAGCCUACCAACAAAGGGACACAAAGAGUUGUUAUUUAGAUUCCACUAAUUUUGUUCAUCAAAGGAAGACUUUGUUUAGGCAGCUCUCAGAAAUGUACAUUUUAAUAGCUAACUGUUAAGAAAUGAUCCCCCAUCAGCCAUCAUCAGACCUAGUUAUUCUACUCUUGAGCUAAAUAAAUUGACAGAUAUAUAUUUUUUGACUUAUCUUCCCUGGAAUCUCACUCAUUUGUUAACCACAGCCAUGUGUGAUGUAAUGAAAGCAGCUCUUGUUAAUACACUGAGGUAUUUUCCCACAAUGAAUGGGCAAAACACAGUAAUGAGAGGGCGUUUAUUGGUAGCAAGCGUCGUUGUAGCAACCACUGAGCAAAGCCAGUUUGUGUGGAUUUAACAGCACACGGGGUAUUGUUAAUUCACAUAUUCUUUCUUUCAACACUGUUAACUACUUUAAACUUUUUCUUCUGUCUGUUGUGUUUCUUUCUUGCAGCUAUUUGUGUGGUACAAUAAGAAAAUUAAUAAGAAAAUCUUUAGUGAUCAGCGCUGUGGCUGGUGAAACAUUCCAGCAUGGUUAUUCUGGGGACAAAUGUGGGUUACAAUCAAAUGAUCAUCACGUUAAAAUUAAUUCUAUGACAACAUUUUUAAUUUUAUGAAGACCUUUUGUGCAAUGUUAGUGAAACAUGAGGAGGUCAGGCACACUGUGAGUCUGCAGUGGGUGGAGAUGCUAAACCUUUAUUGUUCCUUUGAACUGUUUAAAUGCAUUUAAAUCAUAAAC